AUGGUCAAGGCGGCGCAGAUCAAGCAAUGGGUCGUCCACAGGCUCAAGGAGCUCGAAGAGCAGAACGAGCGUCUCCGCCUGCAGAACCUGCGAUGCACCACCCAGCUGCAGAUGCUCAAGUCGAUGAGUGAGCAGACGAGACGCGCCAAACAACAGCACAACAAGCACCACGCACUCAUGAGCCACUCGAUUACGGGCGCCCUGCCCGUGUGCCGCGAGCUCGACAACCGGACAUCGGACGACAGCGGUCUCACCUCGGAUGAGCACCCGGAUAGACUAUGCCAACUGCCCGCCGACGCGAUGAGCCGCUCCAUAGCCGGGGAAUCGACGCCGAAAACGCUCCGGAAAAAAGCACCCCGGCAGAACAGCGCCGACUGUGGGGGUACGGUAGGAGGAGCAACUUCACCGGCUCCCUCCUCUGACGGCUCGCCGAUAUGGGAACAGCCACGCCCGGUCCCGACUCCAAGAAAACCCAGGAAUACCCUGCUGGAGCGCGACUCGCUGAACUCGUUCGCCGAUGAGUACGAGUUCGACUGCGAGGAGGAGACGUUUGAUGAAGUUGUGGAGAGCCCUGUCGAUAGCCCGCGUCGCAAGGGCCCAGAAUACGUGAACCUCGCCGAUUUCUGCGCCAUCCGAGACGACAAGAACAUCUACUCGGACAUCAUCAAGCCGUCCUCGUCUUCGGCUUCUCAUCAUCCCCCGGCUCCUCCUCAGCAUCGUUUGAGGCCUUGGGAAUCCAAGAUCCUCGACGCGGCCGACCAAUGCCUUGCCCAGGGCUCCGGGCUGCAGACUACAGCUGAGACCACAGACUACGAGGGCCCCUCUUCCGUCUCGCCCUAUCAAGUGUCAAGGAUCAGCGACAAUCGGGCCUCCUCCUCGGGCCGUCGAUCGAAUGGCGCCUCUUCGGGAAUGUCGAUCCCUCGUGUCUUUUCGAAUUAUUCCACGGCGGAGGUCGACAUUGAUCCGUAUGAAUCGCCGAGUCGACAAUUGAAUGAGAGGAGAAGUGGCACUGGCAUUCGGACAUCGAUGAUACCCAAUGCCGAGGCGAUCGAAAAAGCCGGCUACUGGUGCCAGCUCUCGGAGAGUCGCCUCAAAUCGCUGAAGCGUCGCUUUGUGGAACUGCGCAACGGGACGCUAACCUUCUACCGUACCCAGAAGAACAUGGCCCGAGAUGAGGAGCCACUUCUCCGGAUCCCCGUCUCCGAGCUGAAGUCUGUCACCCGGAUCCCCGGCAACCCGUACGCCCUACAACUCAUGACGGCCACACAACGGCUACAGUAUCAGACGGACAGCGAGAAGGGCACAGAGGAAUGGGUCUCGCUGAUCGGCCAGGCGAUCAGGGGCACAACCCUUCGCGAGCUGGCCUCCCGCACGUCCCGAAUCGAGGCCACAAUUUCCGGCGUUGUGCAACGGGUCAAAUGCGGACACUCGAAGCGCCUUCACGCCGCCCUCGCCGGCCAGAAGCUGCUCUUUUUCAAGAAUCCGGAGGACACGGUGCCGACAAGCUUCGUGGAGCUGCAGGGCGCCCGGGUUUGCGAGAAGCAAAAAGGGCCCAGCGAGGAAUCGUCGGGCAGUUCCGAUGAACAAUCGAGAACCGAGAGGCCACCGCAAAAGAGGAAGGAAUAUACGGUCUCUAUUGAGGUGUGCAACGACGACCCGCUGUACAUCGUCUUCCGGUCGGCCGAGGAGAAGGAGCGGUGGAUGUACUUCCUGAAAGCCGCGUCGGGAGAUGCAAGCCUCUGCGGGACGCCGUUUGAGCUGCUCGUCCAGAGGAUGCUCGUUGAGGGCGCCGGACCCGACUCGCAGAUCUGGACUGAUCUUCUACUCGUAUCAAGAGACGAUCCGCGGGAUUUGAUGACUACCGUACAAGCUGCCGAGAAGAAAAAGGCCCUCGAGAUUGCUAAAGCCUGCCACCUGUUUGUCGCCGUGCUGAUGCGGCCGUGUGCCGUCCAGUACCACAUCGACCUCGCCCAGAAUAUCCUGUCGACCGGAAUCCAGCUGGAUUGGGUCCGGAAUGAGCUGUAUGCACAGAUGAUUCGCCUGACAAGCGGCUCGAUGGAGUGGGGACUACAAGGCUGGAAGCUCCUCGCGCUCGCCCUCCCCCUCUUCCUCCCGAAGCAAUAUGCCCUGCUCUGGCUGUUGAGGAGGCACAUCUCGAGAUGGGCCGCUGGAAGUGGUGACGAAGCCGGCCUCGCGGGCUACUGUAGCGCCGCCCUGGAGCGUAGCCUACAGACGGGCGGUCGAUUCGAGGGCCCAUCUCGCCUUGAAGCUACUUCGAUCCUGACGCGAGACCCCACAGCCACCACAUUCCCGCACUCCAUUUCCGUCAAGUUGCCAAAUGGGGAUUAUCAGGUCGUCGAAUUCGACGGCUCCACCGAAGUCGGGCAAUGCCUCUCUUCACUGUGCCUUAAAUUGGGAAUGCGGCCGGCUCUACUCUCCGGAUAUGCCCUCUACAUUGAUCAUCCGACGAAUGGAGGACUACAGCUGUUGAAGGGGAAACAGAAGCUCUGCGACUGCCUGACGCUUUGGGAACGAAGAGAGCGAGAUGUAAAAAGAGGACGAGUAGCUGUCGAAGUGGCCCGGCUCGAGCUUCGUCUCCGACACUACUGGCCCCACCUUGCCCACACGGAAACGAUGAUAGAGAGGGGCUUCCUCGCCUGGCGAUCGGCCGAGGAAAUCGUCGAGGGCAGGGUGCCGCUUGGCCCCCAAUUGGCUGAAGACAUCAUGGCACUCUAUGGACAACUGUAUUUUGGUGAUCUCGACGGGUCGACAAGCCAACAACAAUUCGAUUAUGUCACCUCAAGGUUCUACCCCCGAAAAAUGCUCGACGUGGCGAAUAUGCGAACGCUUCGCGCGAGCCUCGACCAGAAUUGGCGCCAAAUGACGGGCAGUAGCGAGGCGGAAUGUAUUCGAUUGAUACUACAGGUGCUCCGGAAGUGGCCACUCUUUGGCAGUUCUCUAUGGGAAGCCGGGCUGAGGACGAGCAAUGAAAGAAGAGUCGUUCUGGCCCUCCACGACACCGGCCUUCACAUCCUGGACCGGAAACAGCUGGACCCGAUCCGCUCCAUCCCAUUCGACAGUCUCGUCGCGUUCGGCGCCUUCCACAGCGACUUCAUGCUCACGGUUGAACGCGUCCUGCCGCCCGAUUGCCAUCCGGAAGAGACGCCGAAAGAACGGCUGACGUUCAGCAUGGAACUGUGCCAGAUUGAGCAGCUAACCACCCACCUUGCCGAGUACAUCAGAUGCCAAAAGCUUGUCUUCAACGUCUCUAAA